AUGCGCGACGACGACACCGAACAAGACAUCUACAGCCGCGUCUAUCACGCUGACCGUCCUGAGAUAUUCUUCAAAGCGACACCCUCACGCUGUGUCGGUCCCAACGGUUUUAUCGGCAUCCGAAGCGAUUCUACGCUGACAGCAACAGAACCUGAACUCGCAUACAUCCUCGGUGGCGACGGUGAGAUCGUCGGAUACACCCUCUGCAACGACGUAUCCGCAUGGGACAUUGAACGCGAUAACCCGCUUUACUUGCCGCAAUCCAAAGUUUUUUACGGGUGCUGUGCACUCGGUCCGAUGUUUCUCACGCCAUCUGAAGUAGACGACCCAUAUAAUUUAGAUAUGCAGUGCACCGUCCUUCGGGAUGCAGACGUUAUCUAUCAAGGCGAGGUGAACACAUCUCAAAUUAAUUGGAAGUUUGAACAACUCACCGAAUUCCUGAUGCGAGAUAACCCGAUUCCGCUCGGCACCGUUGUCUCAACUGGGACCGGUAUCAUUGUCCCGAACGACUUACCGCUUGCCGCAGGCGACAUUGUGGAGAUAGAGAUUGACGGGUUCGGCACGCUGUCAAACCCCGUCAAGCAGUUUUAG